UUGGCGAAAUCAUUGCCAGCCAUUUGAAAAUUACAUCGAUGAAUGGCAUAACCGGUAAUAUAGAGUUCCACAGCACAGGACUCAGAAAGAACUACACGAUUGAAGUCUUUGAGAUCACUAAUAACGGCAACUUUGAAAAGAUAGCCUUAUGGUCUGAUAUGUCUGGUCUGAAUGUACUGCAACCCAAUAGGCAUAGA